GAAAAAAACAGUCUAGGAUUUGAGCGUGAUUUAUUUGGUCUCACACACAAUCACCCUUCUCUCUUCCUCUUUAUAAAUACAUACAAAAAGGAGCAUUCAACCAAUCUUCUAUCUCUACAACCAUGAACGCAUCCACCCCCGAUUACUCCAGCGGCUGCGAAUCCGGCUGGACCACGUACUUCGAUCAAAUCUCCAAUUCCACAGAUAAUUUCUACACCAAUUAUCACCACAAAGGCGGCGCCGCCGCCGGUUACUCCGACGAAGAUCAGUCGAUGGUGUCGGACGCCUCGUCGGCGCCGCCGCACCACUCCGCCUAUUACGCGGCGGCGGAGGAAAAAAAGACGAAGGCGAAGAAGAAGAGCAAAGGAGCAGACUCGAAGAAGGAGAAGCAGGCGACGUGCCUCGACGACACGGCUAGCUCUUCCAUCUUCCAUUUCUCGCAGAGCAAUGUACCUCCUUCUGAUGAUUCCGCCGCGCAUUUCGAGGGCGAAUCGGUGACGAAGAAGCGCUUGAGUUUCUUCAAAUCUUCAACGAAAGGGAAAUCAGGAAGUGUGGUGGGGAGAAAGAGGCAGUGAGAAAUAAUGGGUGACAGCAUAUUUUAAUUUUAGAGCAACAAAUGAAAAUGGGGAUGGCAUCUGAAUUUCCAGGAUUGGAUUGUUGUCUGUGUAUUUAUUUUUUAAUCCUUUUCUACCUCUGUUUAUUUCUUCAUGUCCAUGCAGUAGGGAGCACAAGCCUUAGAUCAUCAUAAAUGUAAAAAUCAAGUAAUCAAAAUAAAAUUUGUAAAAAAAAAGAGAGGGAAAGAAAGUUAGCAAACUACUAUGAAUUCUUGUAUUCAUUUUUUGUCCAAAAGUGGAUCAGUACUAUUGAUUGAAAGAAAGGAAAGCAUGCAUCUUAGUAAUUCA